GGGGAACUCGCUUGCGUCUUAUGAAUGUAUAUGGGCCCACUGAAUGUACCAUCAUGUCUUCUGUGCUUCCUCCGCCAUUGAGAAGCCUUCGCAGGCUAACAUCAUUGGCCGCGGCUUAGGGACAAAUCUUUGGCUUACUGAGGUUGGCAAUCCAUCUCGACUGGCGCUUAUUGGAUCUAUUGGCGAGAUUCUUAUUGAAGGGCCGCUCAUGAGAUUAGAAUACAUCGGGCAGAAGCCUAGCAACUCACAAACAUUCAUUAUUGAUCCACCAUGGCUCCUUGCUGGUAUUGACGGCGAGCUCGGAAGAAAGGGUGGACUGUUUAGGACAGGUGACCAGGUGCGAUGCAGUGAAGAUGGAACGCUUGUAUAUGUCGACCACAUCGGGUCCGAGAUAAAACUAAGAGGACAGCGGAUCGACAUAGCAGGCCUAGAGGAUACAAUCCGACGCCUUAUUCCUCGACAACAUGCACUUACAACCGCAGUGGAAAUUACGCGGAUUCCCUUAAGAGCCAACGUUGCAUCUCGCCAAGGGCUUUUAGUAAUCCUGCUCGUCUUAAUUUUGAGCUUAACAAAAUUCUUCCAUCCUAUCCGAAGCCAGAGGCAUUGGUCUUAA